UCGUUGUUUUUGUUGCACGCAUUGUCAAUUCUGUCGUCAUUAUUGUUUUGAGUAAAAUGUUUGAUUUGAUUUUGGCGCCAAUAAUUUAAGAAUUGAUAAUUUCGUAAUGUUUUCAUUGAUUAAACAUUCAUUAGUUGUAGAUGUAUCGGUUUUAUCUAAAAAAAUAUCUAAUUGUUGCCGAAAUUUCGCUACUGCCAAAAAAAACAUCGAAAUGGUCAAAGUUUUGAAUGUUGCCGAAAAAAAUGAUGUGGCUAAAAAUGUUGCUAAUAUUCUGAGUCGAGGUACGUCAAGACGCCGUGAAGGCUAUUCAAAAUUCAACAAAAUAUAUGAAUUUCAAAUGCAAUUGCCUGCCUUAAGAAAUCAACAAUGUCAGAUGAUUAUGACAUCAGUUUCGGGCCAUUUACUCAACUAUGACUUUAUUGGUGAUUAUAGUAGAUGGAAUGGAUGUGAUCCAAGAGUACUAUUUUCAGCACCGAUCACUACUACUUGUUCAGAUCAAUGUAAGUUAAUCAAACGUACCAUUGAACGUGAAGUUCGUGUCUCUUCAUUAUUGAUUAUUUGGACCGAUUGUGAUCGUGAAGGUGAAAAUAUUGGUUUUGAAAUCGUGAAAAUUUGUCAAGCAAUAAAGCCAGAUAUUCGUGUAUUACGUGCACAUUUUUCUGAAAUUACUAGUGCUGCCAUAUAUCGAGCCAUUAAUUCAUUGACUGAACCAGAUAAAAAAAUUUCAGAUGCUGUCGAUAUUCGACAACAAUUGGAUCUACGUAUUGGUGCUUCUUUUACACGAUUUCUGACCCUAGGAUUACAACAACUUGUGCCUAAUUUAAAUAAAUGUAUUAUUAGUUAUGGGAGCUGUCAGUUUCCUACUCUAGGAUUCGUUGUUGAACGUUGGAAAGAACGUGAAGAAUUUGUACCACAGCCAUUUUGGUUUAUUGAAGUUAAUGUAGAACGUGAUAAUAUUAAAUGUACAUUCACCUGGGACAGAAAACGUUUAUUUGAUCAACGAGCUUGUGCAGCCAUAAUGACGAAAAUAAUGGAAAAUCCACAAGCAAAAGUGUUAAGGGUGAAUAAUCGUCGUACAUCUAAAUAUCGUCCACAACCAAUGGAUACGGUUACAUUUGAACGUUUAGCAUCAUCAAAAUUGAAAAUAAACGCCAAACGUGCAAUGAUGGCUGCCGAACGUCUUUACAAUCUAGGUUUUAUUAGUUAUCCACGAACGGAGACAAAUAAAUUUCCACCCGAAAUCAAAUUGAAUGAUUUAAUUCAAGCACAAUGUAAUAAUCGACAAUGGGGACAAUAUGCAAAUCGGAUUCUGGAACGGGGCGGUGCCAAUCCACGAAAUGGAAACAAAUCGGAUCAAGCGCAUCCACCCAUUCAUCCGACAAAGCCGGCAACAAAUCUGACCGAUGAAGAACAACGUAAAGUAUAUGAAUUAAUAACAAGACAUUUUUUGGCCUGUUGUUGGGCUGAUGCUAUCGGUGCAGAAGAAACGGUCGAUAUUGAAAUCAAUGAGGAAAAAUUUCAUGCAAAAGGAUUGCGUAUAAUUGAAAAAAAUUAUUUAGAAGUAUAUAAAUAUGAUUCUUGGGGCGAGAAACAGUUACCACAAUUUGUACAAGAUGAAUGUUUUCAUCCUAAUUCUAUCCUGAUGAAAGAUGGUCGUACAACAGCCCCGGAGCUAUUAACCGAAUCGGAUUUGAUUGCAUUGAUGGAAAAAUAUGGUAUCGGUACGGACGCCACUCAUGCUGAACAUAUAGAAAAAAUUAAAGAUCGUAAAUAUAUUAGCCAAAUGGAAGAUCGUCGAUUGAAACCAGAAGGUUUAGGUAUUGGACUUUAUGAAGCAUAUAUGGAAAUUGAACAAGAAAUGACUCAACCAUUUUUACGUGCACAAUUAGAAAUAGAAUUACAACAAAUUUGUAAUGGUGAUAAAAAUCCUGAACAAGUACUCAAUAAUCAAUUGAUAUUAUAUGAAAAAGUAUAUCAUGAAUCAUUUCGAAAUCGUAAUCGAUUAUUUCAAAAAGUAAUUGAAUUCGUUUGAAUGAUAUCAAAUUAUCAUCAUCAUCAUGACCAUUUUGCAAAUGGAAGCAAUGAAAUGAUAAAAAUUUGGCAUUUAAACGCCAGAAUAUCCACUCAAUCAUCAUAGAAUUUUUUUUUCUGUAUAUUUUUUAUUUAUUUCAUUUGUUGAAUUUUUUUUCUCAUUCAUUUUAUUUGUAAUUAUUGUACUAAAUUCUUGAUAUCUCUGGAUGUCCAUUCAUCAUCAUCAUCAUCAUCAUCACCAUCAUUGAUUUUGUUGUAGUUUUCAUCUAUGUUUGCAAAAUCUAUUAUUAUACAGAAUUUUUUUUUAUUAGACUUUCAAUCGACAA